AUGGCUUGUACUGGUCCCCGGGAAAACGAUGUGCAGAAGAAGUUUUCUCCUCCUAGUCCUCAUUUUUUCAAGAUCAUCUUUAUAGACACACUUCGGGACAACAAGCUUCAAAUUCCUAAUAGAAUAGUGAACAAGUGUGGAGGUACUUUAUCAAUUCCAGUCCUUCUUAAGCUUCCAUGCGGCUUAAAAUGGAAGGUAAGAUUGACAAAGUGUGAUGGCAAGGUGUGGAUAGACAAGGGUUGGAGAGAUUUUUUGAAGUACUAUUCCCUAGGACAUGGGGAUUUAUUGGUUUUUAAGUAUGAAGGGAAUUCUCAAUUCCAUGUUCUCAUAUUUGACAAAAGUACUACAGAGAUAGAUUAUCCCUCCAAUCCCAACUGGAUUGUGAAACAUAAUAUUGGAAGAUCACAACCCCAAGAGGUAAAAGAAGAAGAAGAUGAUGAUUCCGUUGAAAUUUUGGAAAGCUUUUCACCGUUUCCUAAAAGAAGGGAGAAAUCUCAACUAACGUGUUCUUGGCCGCGUAAGAGAAUGAAAACCGGUCCUGAUCAUGAUGAAACUCAAAGGGGCUCAUCUCAUCCAAGAAGUAAAGGUAAGUUUAGGAUGCAGAUUUUGGAAGCGAAUACUAGUCAAGAAGUCACCAUGAGGCCUUCAUCUUCAGGAGACAUCAGAGCUUCUGAAGCAGCCAAUAAAUUCUUUUCAACAAAUCCCUAUUUCCAAGUGUCUUUGCAAUCAAGUCACUUUAAACCAACCAAUUCUAGAGUGCGUGUACCUACUGCUUUUGCAAGAACUUAUUAUGAGGAAAGGACACAAAACUGUGAAUCUUCAAAGGAUUCCGAGACAAUUUAUGACAAACUAUGGAAAGACAAUAUCAGAUCCAGUAAUUAUUACGACACCGAGUGGUGCAAAAUGGCAUAUGGGAUUGGUGAUAUUUGGUUGUGUAAAGGUUGGCCAGAAUUUGUUCAACACUUUUCCUUAGAGAAUGGACAGGCCUUGUUCUUCAAAUACAAAGGGUGUUCUCAAUUUGAUGUAGUCAUAAUUGGUGUUACUGGUCUAGAGAUAGAUUACUCUAUAACUAAUUCCACCCAGGUUAUUGAGUCCGACAUUGAUGAUGGUGACAACGAUGAUGAUGACGGUGACGGUGGCUCUCCCUGCCUGAAAGAAGAGGAGGAACCGACGACCCCAUUUCCUCAACAUGCUCGGAGUCCGGAAAGAGUUAAAAGAAAUAUUGGAGAUAGUCAUACUCAAUGUAGUAAUGAUGAAACGGAUCUAGAAAAUUCAAUAGGCGAAUGGGAUUAUAGUUGCAAGUCAAAAUCUAUGGAAGCUAAGAGUACUCAUGAUGGAGAACCUUCGGUUCUUGGAAGGAAGCAGCGAUCCUUGACUAUGGCUGAAAAGGCGAAGGCUCUAUCUAGGACUGAAGAUUUCAUGUCACAAAGUCCGUAUUUCAAGGCUGUAGUACGAACAGAUUUUUGGAUGGAAUGCCUCUUUGAUAUAACUGAUGAUGCUACCCUCUAUGUUUCGCAUGAGAGGGUUUGGAUAGUAAAGCUUAAUGCCAGAAAGAUUGCCAUGAGAUCGAUAAGAGUUUCAUUCCUAAGAAAAGGUUGGAAGGAUUUUGCUGUGGACAAUGAUUUGAAAGUUGACGAUGUGUGUAUUUUUGAGCUCGUUAACCAACGUAAAAUGAUUUUUAAAGUUACCAUUAGCCGAGAUGGAGAUUUUCAAAACAGUCAACAAUCCCACGCUGGCAAGAGUGCAGUUAAUCAAGAUCAUCCGAAGAAAAGUUUGAGUGCGAGAGAUAAGACACCAAGUACGUCAUACAAGGCUGAAACUUGCAAUAUGCGGCCCUCAAUGAACCAUGUGCGGAGGAAGGAUCCGAAUGCCAUCGCCAAGAGGAAAUCAAUGUUGAACUAUGCAAGUAUUUAG